CACCCUGAGUUUCUGUUAAUUCUCUCUCAUUCUCUCUCUCUCACGCGAUGCUGUCAACCAUGGCUGAAUCAGGCCAGGACGAAGCAACCAGUGGAGCGGCUGCAGAAGAAGACUACAUGGGGGACCUCUCUCGGUUCGUUCCUAUAGAAACCGCUGACCCUCCAAAGCCUUUAUCCAAAAAGAUCUCCAACAACAAAUCCUCAAGUGUUCUCCCCUCCAAGAAGCAGUUUAAAACCAUAAGCUGGCAAGAACGGCGUAAACUUGAGAGAGAACGAAAGCAACAAGAAGAGGAUGAGCAAACCUUAGCAAAAGUGGAGGCUCCAAUCCCACAAUCCAAUAUCGGAUUCAAGCUUCUGAAGCAAAUGGGCUACACUCCUGGUUCAGCCUUAGGCAAGGAGGGGUUAGGCAGGGCUGAACCAGUGGGGAUUGAGAUUCGACGAUCACGAGCUGGUAUUGGCCGAGAGGACCCCCACAAGGAGAAAAGAAAGGAGGAGGAGAUCAUGGCUGAGAAGAAGAGGAGAAAGAUAGAGGAUAUGAUGGUGGAGUUUGGAUAUAGGCAGAAGUCACAGUGGCAGAGUCGUAAAGUUGUAGUUAAUUUUAAUAAAGCAAAGGCUGCUCUUGAUCAACUGGAGAAUAAAGAAGUUGUGGAGCCUGAGAAGAAUGAGGACGAGGAGGAGGGUGAACAGGAUGAAGAUGAAGAGGAGGAGAUAACAGAAGAGGAUUUGCAGGAUAUAUUGAUGAAACUGAGAGAUGAAUAUAAUUACUGUCUCUUCUGUGGAUGCCGGUAUGAAUCAAUGGAGGCACUGUUGGCCAAUUGCCCUGGAACUGAUGAAGACGACCACUGAACUAAGAGUUCCUAGUUUGCUUCCAAUGGAGGAUUGUGCGUAAAACUCCCAUUCUUGCUAGUGGAUCUCUCUUGUGUUUUUGCCGUCCCUCUUAUGACGUGAUGAAAUGAGUGAAAAAAACACUUGCAAGAAGCAAUUUGAUCCAGAUUUGUCAUCAAGAUUAAAUCUGCACGCCAUGUAAUAUUUAUUCAACUAUUCUCCCAUGUAAAAGGAUGGAGAACCAUACGUACAAAAAUUAGAGAAUUUUCCUGAAAUCCCUCAUGGAUGAGUUGUACGUGUAUUUUAGGAUCUCAAGCACUAACAAAUAAGAGAAUAAUGUAUAGAAAUUUGGCAGCACUUAAUCCCUUAAUGUUGCAAAAAUUGAAAAGUUCUUGUUGGUCA